UACUCAUUGUUACAACCGUGCGCUGUACGUAUCCUGACUUCAACUUUGCUUUUGUUCUCUAGGGUGAAUAACUGCAUUGGAUUUUCUAACUACAAAUUCUUUCUACUGUUCUUAGCCUAUUCUUUGUUGUAUUGCUUGUAUAUUGCUGCAACAGUCUUCAAGUAUUUCAUUAAGUACUGGACAGGUGAACUGACUAAUGGACGUUCCAAAUUCCACGUCCUUUUCCUCCUCUUUGUGGCGGUCAUGUUCUUCGUAAGCCUAAUGUUUCUGUUUGGCUACCAUUGUUGGCUCGUUAGUAGAAACAGAUCUACUUUAGAGGCUUUCUCAGCUCCAGUGUUUCAAAAUGGCCCAGAUAAAAAUGGAUUCAAUCUUGGCUUUGUAAAGAAUCUUCAGCAAGUGUUUGGAGAAGAAAAAAAGCUCUGGUUACUACCUAUUGCCUCUAGCCAGGGCGAUGGACAUUUUUUCCCAAUGAGAGCUUUGUGUGAAGCUCAGAAUCCUCUCCUAGCAAAUGAAGAGCAAUGGGAAGAUGAUGGAAUAGAUGAAGAGCCUCAUGAUUCUGGUGAAGCUUCAUCCCUUGCCAUAGAAAGGGAGACAUAGCAGUUUGAAAAUGCGGCAGUAUGAAGCUUGCUCAGAAAGCUUCCCUCUCAGGAGUCGACAUCCCUUCUCUUGGCAUGGACUUCAGUUUUGAGGGGCAGAAAACAAGUGGAUCUUCAAGAUGAGAAAACAUCACGAAGUAUCGUCUGAUUGGAAUCUGCAUUCUAGAGUGCUUCUCCAGAAAUCCUGCUAUCCAGAUGUUCCAAGGCUUUAUAAGUUUAAGUUACAGAGCGAACAGAACAGUUUUAUAGAGUGAUUCUGGCCAAUCUUCUUUGGCCUGCUCUCUUUAUUUUAUAAAUAAUAUAUAUUUUUUAUUCCAAAUAGGUAAAAAGUAUUGAUGCGAGGGCAUUUCCAAAGGCCUUUUCAUUUUGCAGACAUCAGGGACUCGAGUUCUUGAAAUUCUUCCAAGCCAUAAUAUUCUUGGGGAUGGUAUUUAUUUUGAGACUGAUUCUCCAACCUUCUCUGACAAGCAGCAUUUUCUAAUGCGUUUAAAGUUCUAUCUGAGUCAGUUUGACUCAAUGAGAGACAGACCCACUUAAAUUUGGCACUAAAUUGAUAGUUGGAUGUAAGUAUGUUGAAAGAAAAAGUGCUGAACGUGCAUAUAUACACGUGCAGCUGUGCAUGAAAAUAAAAUAUUCACUUUGCCAGUAUCAAGAUUCAAGAAUAUUGUGGCCAUAGUUUUUUUAAAAAAAAUUUUAGGAGGGUGUAAUUGUCUUAGAGUUUGAGUUAUGGUGCCCUUUAAGCCCAGUCCUACUUGCAGGCACCUAAAAUGCAAAAGGGCACUUUAGACAGUACAGUUUGCAUUAAUUCCUAGGGCAAAAAUAUCAACUCAUUCCUGGAUCAGUGUUUGAUGGAAAUUUGUGUGGUUAUGGAGUCAGAAAGGAAGAUGUAAAUUCGAAACACGUGAGUUGGAAAUGUGCACUGAAAGUUUAGCUCCAACAGCAGCGUUUGGAGUUUACGCGCCACGAAGGCGGUUUUAGCCCCCUAAUGCUGAAGAGACAACUGAUGUAUUGCAUUUUUUCAAACUUCUUCCUAAGUAAAUGUCUUGACUGGUGGUUUAAAGGUUUUUUCAGCACUACGAGGUGAUCAGAUCUUUUCUUCGCUUCGCUCCAUUUGCAGUCAAAGGAAUGUAUCACUGUUUUUAUUCUGUGGAAUGGAACUGAGAAUUUGCUGGCAGGAUUAUACGCAUUUUUCUAGACCUGAGUCUUUUUUUAUCUGCAUGAUUCAGACCUGGCAACUCCAUCACUCAUGUUUGAAUUAGGUGCAUGCUUAAAGUAUUAGUAUACUGCCUUUAA